UUUGAACGUGAUAAACGCUGCCCGUUGUCAAACGCGAAUAUGCAUCGGUGGAUGAGAAAAUUUCGUUGCAGCACGCUGCUGUCGAAUUUAAAAUCGAAACGCGACGCAUUACCCAUUCCCAAGGCAUGCACCGUCGAACGGUACGACAGCAAGGACAACCGCUUGCCGAAUACAUUAUCGUCCACCCCUUCCUGUCCCUGCCGCAUACGGCUGGCGAACGAAACGGACAUCCGGGCUGUAGUGGCGUUUGUGAGGCAAAAUUUACUGCACCACGAGCCGCUGGUGCGUUCGCUGAACGUACGCGAGAUUUUGGCCGGUGAACCAUUGCUCGACUACAUCCGGCAGCUGCUGCGCGAUAGCUUCACGCUGCUAGCGAUCGGUGAUGGAGCGUCGGCGGGUCGAAUCGUUGGGUUGGUAAUAAGCCGGCGUAGCUGCAGCUGGGACGGUAAGCAGCUGAUCGAACGGGCGGAUCGAACCCGUUGCGAUCAGCUUCGUAAGCUGCUUUACAUCUGGUCCAUCGUCGAGUCGGAACCGAACCUGCAUCAGCACUUUUGCACACGCUGCCUGUUUGAGAUUGCAUUUCUCGUGACGGCCAGCGAAAUGCAGCGGCAAGGAAUUGGAUUGUGCUUGACGUUGCAUUCACUUCGGCUGGCCCGGGAUUUGGGUUUUCACUUCGCACGGAUGAACUGCACUUGCGAGUACAGUUCGCGCAUUGCCACGAAGGCCGGUCUGCAGUGUCACUGGACGGUGGCGUACCAUCAUCUCGUCGACAGCACGAAGCAGCCGGUCGUACAUCCGGACCCACCCCAUACGCAUAUCAAAGUGCACGCAAUGGCCCUUUUUUUGCCCGAGCUGUCCAUUAAAUCCUCAUGCAGGUAAUUAAUGGCAUAAUUGCAUUUUUGCUUUCAUGCACCUGCCAGCCGUAUGUGUAAGCGUCGUCCCUACCUUAACCUUCGAGAGUGAACCGCUGUAUCGGAGAGCGAACGGCUGACUGUAAAAGCCAUUGAUAAUAAAACAACAUGGCAUUUCCGGGCGACGUAA